AUGGAUGUCUUCAGAGACGACCAUUACACCUAUGCCGUAAGUGAAUUGGCUAGUGGAGGUGAUCUGUUUUCCUGGUGCUUGAAUCACCCGGUUCCAACACCUGAUCGAGAGGCGGAAAUGCUCCCACUGGUGGCUCAGACUUUCUCUGCGGUGGAAUGGCUUCACACGCUGGGGAUAGCGCAUCGUGACCUUUCACUGGAGAACAUUUUGCUAACAGGCCUGGGCUGCGGGGAGUCUCCGCAGUUGGUGAAGCUCAUCGACUUUGGCAUGGCACAUUUGGGGCGCUGGUGCCCUGCAGCCACCACCUUAGGUCCAGGGAAGCCAUCCUAUCAAGCCCCGGAGCUUCAUCUCAAACGCGAAUACGAUGGCUUUUUGGCUGACACCUUCUCCUUGGGGGUCGUCGUCUAUGCCAUGGCGUUGGGAAACUACCCGUGGCAAUCCACCAAGCCUGGUCGCUCUCGGGUUUUCGACUGGGUCUCCUGUCACGGCAUUUUGCCAUUCCUGCAGCGGCGUGAAAUUGCCUGCAGCUAA